ACAGAGCUCUGUGUCGUACACUUUAAUUCCGAACACGACAAAGAAUAAAAGUUAUGAUUGCAGGUUUAAUAUUGCUUACUUUCUUGAGCAGUGUUAAUUCUCAGUCAUGUACAUACGACGAAUUGACAUUGGCUGACGGUGAUACACAUACAGACAAAUCAGCAUGUAAAGAAAUCACCUGUUCAGACGGAAAAGCGUCGGAAAAAUUCAUAGGGUGUUUAAUUGAAGGCACAUGUUUACAGUUUGGCGAAUAUAGAGAUGAUAUUGAGACAUGCAAGAAAACAACAUGUCAACAGAAAGGAAACGGAUAUACAUUUAAUACAACAUUAUACGGCUGUACAGACAAGAACAAUGUGUGUCAUCCAGGCGGAACAACGUGGGAAUGGAAUGCCUGUUUUACUAUAGGUUGUAGAGUCACGAGCGAACACACGGCAGAGGAAUAUCUAGUCAAAGCAGGUUGCCUCUACAAUGGAAAUUGUAUAGAUAUUGGUCAACCGUUUAAGAGCAGCAAGUCGGAGUGUCUCACUUAUGAAUGCACGGAGACAAACAAUACAUAUGGAUUAAAAUUAGUUGACGAAAAAUGUCAAAUCAACGGAACCUGUUAUGAGGUUGGAAAAGAAUUUGAAGUUGAUUGUUUCAAGUAUAAGUGCUUAAAAGUCGAUGGUAACCACACGGCAGAACUUUUAGAUGCAGGUUGCAAUAUCAAUGGUCAAUGUAAGCCAUCUGGUCAAACAUGGACAGAGGAGUGUACAAAAUAUACAUGUGAUAAAGGAACCAUGGACGUGUUGGAACAGAAAUGCCAAAACGGGGAUACAUGUUACGCUGAAGGAGAGACUUGGACAGAGGGUGACUAUAGGUACACAUGUUCUAUAAAUGAAACACAUUCUAAAAUUUCUGGAGUGAAAGUGUCUUCUCCAUCGACAACAGGAGGAUGUAAACAUAACGGUAUAGACAGGAAGGUCGGUGAAAUAUGGAAAGAAAACUGCAUUACAAUGACGUGUAACCAAAACCACAGUAUGACAUUACCAGAAGGGUGUCAAGAUCAGAGUGAGAGCUGUAUGCCUGUCGGUCAAACGAAAUAUUCAGUUGCAUUAACAGACAUCAAGUGUAAUUAUCAAAAGGACGGAAAAGACGAAUGUGUUGACGAUGGUUGGAAAACAAAGGAAGGAUGUGCCAUCAAAACAUGUAAAGUGGAUAAAGAUACCAACAGCUGGAAAUUUGAGUCGAGUUUGCAAUGUCGUUGGAAAGGUGAUGAAUGUGUACCAGAAGGAGAAAUUAGGCUGGUUAAAUCAUGUAUGCAAUAUCAAUGUGAAAUCUUUAAGAAAAAUGGGAAGGACACUUCACAGAUGAAGAAAAAAGGAAAAAUAGGCUGUAGUAUAAAAGGUGGUGAACUGUUAAAGAUCGAUAAUGUGGAGAACAAAAAACUUGAUUACUGCGUUGGAGAUGGAAGCUAUUUUACAAUUCGCAAAAAGAAGAAAUGCAAGGUUUUUAAGUGCAAUUUAAAAGGAAACAACAAAUGGCAAAAAGAAAAAUUGAAAAAUAAUGAGGUUUCGGAUCUUCAGACUUUGAUAAAUGGGGACAUUAAUUGCUAGUGUUUUUGUAAUGAAUCGUCAACACUUAAACUUGAUUAAUGAAAAAAAAUUUAUCAGAAUAUUGAAUAUUUUAAAUAAUCAUAUAGCAGGGAGAGGCAAUACAUGUAGUUUUUUUUAACCUUUAGUCUCUCUUUGUUUAUCUAGGAUUUUAGUUCACUAUAACUUAGAGACUCU